UACACGGGCUUCUGUCAAGUAGUUCGCAGUUGAGAGACACAACGUAAUGAUUUCUACGUGCGAAGCCUAGUACGGGAUAGUAAAUACGUAUGUUAAGUGUAAUAUAUAAAAAGUUGAAUGAGACAUAAUUGGGAUAGUUAAAGAGGGUAAAAAAAUCUGUGAAUUUUCAGAGUGACGGUGUAUCACCAAGAUCCGGAGGGUCUGCGCGAGCGAGACACUUUGUUUGAAUGACGUAAUUGUAUUGAUCGCGGAAGAAGAGCCGAAAGUCGCGCAUUCGCCAUCUUGGACGAAUUGUGGGAAAAGAAGUUUGUGCUUCGUGGGCGAUAUAAUAAUUACUGAACUGUAUCCGCGGCAAUCCGCCAGUUAGUUAGUUUUAAAGGGAUUCAUAUCCGUUUGUGAACUGUUUACCCAUUUGGACGGACCAAGACAAAGGGUUCGUUCGUUGGGUCUGAGUGGUACUAAAUGGUUGCCUGCAGACAGCAUGUCUACUCUGUCGGGGAAUGUGUCGAAGGGGGAGAAAGGAAAAUCCAAGUUUCAAUCAUUAGACAUCAAUAAUUUAUACAGGACGAGUAGGGGAGAAUCCUUGGAGCAACAUCAACAAAAAAAUACAAUACCACGCAAACAUGGAAUGCAGAGUUUGGGAAAGGUGCCUUCGGCACGGCGGCCACCUGCUAACUUGCCCAGUCUGAAAAGUGAGCACAGCGGCAGCGACCCAGCAGUCAGUCUUGUACCAAGCGGUGGCAGCGGUUGGGCCACUACUAAAGAUCCUGCCACACAAACUACCAACACUACUAGCAACGCCACUACUACACCACCUACAACCUCUGAUACUACCACCAGCAACACACCUUCGACACAAUGUGCAACGGGAGCUGCUCCUGCAACGGCAUCGCCACUGCAACCACCACAACCAGGACAACAGAAUACUUCACAGACAUCACACUCCACUGCGCCCUCAUGGAGCGCAAUUAUGAGCAGACCGGGAGAUGCCGGUGGGCCCGUCGUGGCAGCAGUGCUUGGUUACGCGGGGCUCGUGGGGGGCGGGAGAGGGGGAAGAGGUGCCCUUGGACUGAGCUUUCUCGCCCACCAGUCCCCGCAGUUCCAACACGAGUUCCCCAGCCUCAGUGGCCAGCCCUCCGUCUCCAUCUCCAAUCAGAGUCAAACUCAACAGUCCUCGACAACGCCGAACGCAAAUUCCAAUGCGAUAUCGGUAGCUGCUCAACAACAGUCGUUGCUGCCGCAGCAGUCCCAAUCCCACAGCCACUCAGGCGAUGGCACAGCCGGGCCACAGCAGCCACAGUCGCAGCAGGCCAAGGAAUUGACUGCACAAUAUGGUCCAGGACCCAGUCUACGCCCACAAACGGAAGGCAGUUGGAUUCAAGGUGGAAGUCGUACAGCAAGCGGAACUGGAGCAGGAACACCUGGGCCAGGAAAUGGGAGUACUCCGGGGGUCCAGGGCCCCCCGCAUAUUGGUGUAGGUGGACUAGCAGAGGGACCCGCUGGCGGGCGGCCCAACUUGGGCCAGUCGCUAACCAUGGGCAUGGCCCAGGCAGGCCCUAAUGGUUCCCCAACUGCACAAGGUGCCACGACUCCUGGUGCCAGUCAAAAUCCUAGCCUGCAUAACUAUCGAGGAUUGAUUCCUCCUUUUAUGUACCGAGGCAGCUUUCCUGGAGGAUUUCCUUCACAAUUCCCACCAAAUAUGGGUGCGAAUGGCCCUCGACACCGAUUCACCCAUCCCCAGGAACGAUUCCCAGCUCCCCCACGCCAGCAAGAACGUGAACGUCCCCCUCCCCCAGCAGAUGAAGAAAUAAUCACACGUCCAAUAAUUAAAGAGGAAGAUUUGUCAAGAAUGGACGAUAUUUCACGCGAUGCUGGGUGGGCAGCCCAUGAUGAUAUCGAUUACAAUCAGAAGUUAGCGUUCAGUGACGAUGAAACAGAACAUGACCACCAUAAAAAAGAUGACAAAAAGGACUUCAAAGAUGACAAACGUGAGGAAAGUCAACCCGAGGAAAAAGAGAAGUCAAGAGAACGCGAACGGGAGCCUCGGGACAAUCGUGAACAGCCGCAGUCUCAUCGUGGAUGGAAUCAAGGACCUCCACCGUUAUCCCGAGAUUUCCGUGGCACAAAUGGUCCUGUCAAUUAUCCUCCGCAACAGCAAAUACGAACUUCAAAUCCACCUCGAGGUCUCGAGGAAGACGAAUUAUGGAAUCAAAGACGCAGAGAACAAGGAGAAAAGGUGGCCUCGACUGUGGAGCGGGCCCGCCAGCGUAAAGAAGAAGAAGAAAAACGAUUCCGAGAGUCCAUUAAACAAGCUGCAGAUAAAAAAUUGCAGGACUUGGAGCAAAAAAUUAAGGAAAAAUAUGUCAAGCAAAAAGAUGACGAUUCAGGAUCUUCAUCCGAACCGAAAUCUUUAAUCAGUGUACCUUCGUCUAUUAUUCCAGUACCCGACUGGGAGCGAGACAGGGAGAACCGAGAAAGUCGCGAAAGAGACAGAUCUCGUACUUCGUCUGAGGGCAAAGAUGAAAAGCCUGUGAGCCGAGAGUCUCGUGAUAGUCGUGACACUAGAGAUACUAGGGACAUUCGCGAUACACGAGAAACUCGUGAUACAAGGGAUACUCGAGAAACUCGUGAUACGAGGGAUGCUCGGGAUGCCCGAGAUCCCCGGGACACUCGAGAUGUUCGAGAAUCCCGAGAUACUCGAGAUGUUCGAGAUACCCGAGAUACCCGAGAUAUCCGAGAUACCCGAGAUACCCGAGAUACUCGAGAUAUCCGAGAUACCCGAGAUAUCCGAGAUACUCGUGACUCUCGGGAUUCCCGCGACCAGCCAGUCUCAGAAUUUCGGCAAAUUACUCAAAUUGAGCGUCCAAGCUUCAUGCGGUCUCAAGAUAUAUCGCGUAACGAGCGCGAUCGCGAUCGCGACCAACGAGAGAUUAGGGAAAGAGAGCAACCGGCGUUUUCUAAGAACUUUCAGAACGACUUACCCCCAAGGUUCCAGAAACAACAGGCUGAGAGAACUGGUGGAGCCUAUAACAGGGUGUCGCCGAAUGCAGAACAGCGUCCCGCUCCUCAACCAGUACCUUUCUCUCAACAAUAUGACCCUAGCAGAUGGGUGCACAGCAGCCACCCUAACGUGCCGAACAGUGUCAAGAAGCAAUCUCAUUCCAUGCCACUGCCCCAACGCAGGAAUCGAACUGAUUCGGAAUUGUCUGGUCCAAUUGAGGACGAUAGACCUCCUUCAAGAGAUCAUCGAGGUCUACCGAGAGACGAUCGUUAUCGACAUUCGUCGCACAGAUCGUACGAUGGUCGCAAACCAUCUAGCGGUAGUUAUUAUGACGAUCAUGCACGCUAUAGAGAAUACGAAUAUGAUGAUAGACAUUCUCGUGAUUCUUGGGAACGUGAAAGGCAUUACGAUGAUAGAGACAGAGAUAAUCGAGAAAGAGAAAAGAAAGAUUACGAGAAUUAUUCCAAGAGUUCGCCACAACAAGAUCCGUUUGACGAACGCGAACCCGCCAGGGAGCGCCCGGAGAAUCCCGAGUGGCGAGAUGAUAGACGGGACAUGCGCGAUGAUCGGAUAACCCAAGAAAGGCAAUCUGAUAGUCGUCGUGAUCCACCCAGAGAUGAUCGUAUUGAUCGUAGUGAGCGUCCUCAAAGACCGGAUUCUCGUGACAGUCGUGCAUCCCGAGAAUCGAGAACUUCUCUUCGCGAUGACGACAUGCACAAGUCACGUGAUUGUGGAUCCUGGGUGAAUGAUAUACCAGAUUAUGAAGAAAAGAAACGAGAUUUGUAUCGUGAAGAUAAUAGAGAUCGCCGGCAACCUCCCGGACCUGUAACAAGGGAAAAACUGGAAGCGGACGAGCUUAAAGGUGAAAAACGAAAUUUGACGCAGCUGAAGCGUUCUGGAUCUGAAAUGGAUAAAAAGGACUGCAGCAAAGAUAGCCCUACCGAGGCUAAGAAGGAACUCGACGUGUGGAAUAGGAAAUUGGAACUAAGCUCAGAAAACAAUAGAAACCUGGACAGAGGAGGUGAUAACUCACCGAAAGCGUGGGCUGAUGCAAUAUCUCCAACCUUAGAGAUGGAAGAUGAGAAGGUUUUUCUUGAACCUAUGAAGGAUGAGAAAGAGAUUGAUGAAAUGAAACAAAGUAUGGAAAAACUAAGCGUCGACAACAAACGGGACGAUGCAAUAUGCGUCGAAGUUAAAGAAGAUUUGAAAGAUGAGAAACGGGAUAAAAAUGUGAGGAACAGAACAAACAGUGGAAGUUCAAGAGGUCGAGAAUCUGGUCGUAGCGCUAGGCAGUACGGAGGUUACAGUGUUUACACUACUCGUGGGUGGCGUGGUGCAGAUCAGCGAGGGAGAAGAGUAGGACCAAGGUCUGUGGGUAGACCUGGUUCUGCAAGAAGUGGUUCUUAUGGUCACACAGAUUCCGAACUUAGCGGAGACGAAAUCUCCGGAUCCACUGAAUCUGGAAAGGAAGAAAGGCGCCCAGGUCGCUCUCCUAAGCCUUCUCAAAAAUUGGACAAAGAUGAUCGCAAUCGGGAAGUAUCAAGGCGCGAUGAUAAACGCGGUGAUUAUACUCAAGUUCGCAGUGACAAAAGAAGCUAUGACAGCAGAUCUGGCCGUGAAGGAUUUGCACCAUCCGGGGAACCUUCAAGACGGGGCCGAGGGGGGUUUCGGAACCGUGGUCCUACUACAGGCGGACGAAUGAAUACUAAUUAUGGUCCACCACCAAGUAAAAGCCCUUUUUCGACUGAACGCAAUGCGGAUGACAAAGAACCUAGUCAACAGAAGCCCUCAUCACCGACACCAGAAAGUGAAUUACCAGCUAGUGGUGCCCAGUUGUCUGAGUCCACUGAUGACAAAAUCAUAGCUAAACAGCAAGCCCUCACUGCUGGCAUUACUGGUAGACAUACUAAAUCUCCAAGUCAGCAAAGUCAGCAGCAAGGUAACAAUAAGCAAGAGUCACUUCAAAAUCAGAACACAGCUCCGCAAAGGUCACAAGGCAGAAAAGAUGAAGGGAGGACUAAGAGGAAUCACAGUAGUAGUAGACGAACACAAGGAAGAGAUCAUCGCGACGGACGUUUCCGUGGAAAUCCCAGCAAUGCUCCAAAGCAAAAUUCAUCAGAUGUUGGUAACGACGACUGGGAAACAACUUCGGACAAUAGCGAAGAACAUAUUGAAGAUCGUAAAGAAUCUCGAAACACGCGUAAUAAAUCAUAUGGAAGUCGAGGAAAUCAGAGCUCCCACCAGAACCCGACCGGUAAUAACCAACAAUCUCGCAGAAAUGAUCAAUCAAUAAACAAUAGGGAACAGAGAGAACGAAAUGCAGCCAAACCCGGCAAUACUGCAUCUCGUGCUCCUGGAGCUGAGAAAAGGAAUGCACAGAAUGCUUCUUACAAUCAACGGAAUCAUUCUGGAGCUAUACCGCCGUUGAUGCAAAAUACCCAACAAAAUGGCCGCCCUAGAAGUCAAGGAUCAGCAAACAGCGGGCCUUCCAGUAAAGCCGUAAUUAAAGAAAGCACGGUUAAUCGUGUUGAUGAAAUAAAACUAAAUGAUUUAAAUCUGGUAAAUCAAGCCUUGAAUGAUAUAAAUAAAAAGUCUGUCUCAAAAGAAAAGAAAGUUAUUGACGGUGAAUUGGAAGUAAACAAUUAUUCUGGUGGUGGAGAUGAUGGGGCGAACAGUAACGAAGAUAAAAUAGAUGCGGAUGGUUUUCAAGAGGUUAGGUCCAAGAAGAAUGUAAAGGAGUCUAGGCAUAAUCAGAAAGAAGAAGCCAAACCCAUGAGACGUGAAAAAGAAAAGGAAAGAGAACGAGAUCGAUCAAAAUCAAAGUCUAACGGACCUCAGCCCACUCCACAGCAGAUUCAAAAUAUUCCACCAUUGCUAGGACAACCAAUUCCUCAGCCUGCCAACUUGCCGCAGAAACAAUUUGACAGAGAAAGAAAUUCUAAUCGGCAAACAUUGGCCCCACGAUUCCAGAAAGCACGUUUAGCCAAACAGCAACAACAGAUGGGAAUUGGCGAAAGUAACGACACAAGCAAAGUGAGUUCUAAUAAUAUCUAUGCUUCCAAAGACUCAGCUGCUGGGCCAGCUCCACCACCAUCAGUCAAUGCUUGGGAUAAACCAUUUACCAGUCAAAUAAGGUCCAAUUCACCAUCAACAGUUUCUGCAGACAUUCAACUUAUGUCUGGAAUAACUGGUCAAAGUGAACAUAACCAUGAGACUAAUGAACAGGUCAAUUCUAGAGGUAGCAGUCAGCGGAAUUCGCCAAACACAGAAAAAACUGUUAAUAAAGCAGCAAAGGAUAUUAUUGUUGAAAAAAAUGUUUCGGAUGGAACUUCGCCCCCUGUUCAAACGUUGAUUUUCGAAAAUACAAACUACUCUAAAACCACAAAAUCUGGACCAUCGGAUCUGACAUUGAAAUCAAAGUUUUCAAAUCAUAUGAAAACUCAACAGCGAGUCGAUAAACGCGGCGAAAUUGAAGACGAUGGUCAGAUGCAACAGCAUCAGCAACAAGCUCUAUCUGCUGUCUUUUCUAACAAAUCUAACGAACUUAUGAAAGAUAAAUCGCAAGAACCAAUUCAGAUGCCAUUGUCCUUUAGCAAAAACGAGGACAAUGCUGAUAUGAAAUUGGACUUCACAUUUGAUUCUGAACUGUCACAACUGACGGAAGAUGCUAAAAGUAAAUCUUUGGGAAUGCCACGAUCGAUUCACAUGACUGGGAGUCAAAGUACUAUUUCUCCUUCGACAGCAGAACUUAAUCUUAAAAUUGCUUCUGUGAAGAAAGUAUGGGAAAAUGCACCUCCAAUGCCCACGGUGGUCGAACAUGAAGAUGGAAACGUUGUUGCCACUGCAAAUAGUUUUCCUCAACCCUUUGAGAGCAAUGAUGUUGAUGACAGCUACAGUCCUCACCAGCAAUACAACCAGAGCAAUAUGAAAAACGAAAUAGCAACUUCGACAAACGUAUGCAAGCUGGUUCCCCCGCAGGUGAAGCCGCAGCAACAGUCCGCUGGAAGCACUGGUGCCCAACCUGGAUCCACAGUUCCCGGGCCAAGUCCAAUUGGGCCUGGUCAAAGUCCCAUUGGUCAUCCUUCGGCCAGUUUACAGGGUCAGCUAAGCCCCCCUCCAUUCAACACAACUGGACAACCAUCCCACAUUAACUAUCAAGAAUUUCCUCAAUAUCCGGGCUCCCAAGCUGCACAAUAUGGAGGAAUGUCUGCUAUACCUUCACCGCCAGCAGUCUUAUUCAACACUGGAUCAGGUCAAUUACCAGCGCAGGCUGGUGGGUUAUAUGGGGCAUUCCAGCUAGAUCAAAGUCGAUCUCCUUUUACUCAGUAUCCUCCUUAUGCUCCAUCACUUCAGAGCUCCUUUAAUCAACAGAGUGUCUAUUUGCAACAGCCUCCGCCGCCUCCGCAUGCACCAAGUGCAACUCCUGACAUGUAUCAGAAUAACAUGUCACAAUACAGAAUUACAACUGCAGCAGCUCCGCCAUUCGGUCAAAAUCAACAGCUGAGCAAUAACCCAAAUACAGUGUUGAUUAGCUCGUCGUCAAACUCUCUCAUGUCUGCCAGUGUAAAACCAUCUACUCAACCGAUUGGCGCCAUUGGGACAAAAGCAACACAUUUUCAAGCUCCAUCAGCACAGCCGAAUCAGUUAACCUAUAUACCAUACGAUCCGAACCAGGUUUUAGGUGUGAGUGGUAACUAUAUGGGUAACUCACAAUUGGUGCAACGACCUGGACCAACCGUUCAACCGUCUCAAAACAGUUACUACAGCGCUACCUCCGCCGGUAAACCUAACACGCUUCUGUAUGUAUUUCCUGGUUCACAAACAGGCUUCUACCAACCGGGUGGUGCGGGACAACAAACUGGGACUCCUUACGGGCUGCAGGGGUUUGGUCAACAUAGUCAGAGUCUUGCAACUGGUAGUGCCACGCCGGUUGGUCUUCAGAAUUUCGGAUCUCAGUUCCUUUCUGGAUCUGGAAUACAAAUGGCAGCUGCUGCUCAGCAGUAUAGAAACCCUACUGGAGGUUUGCCAGGCCCUGGUAACGCUGCUGCUACAUUUCUCGGAAAACACCAGCAACAGGAACAGUCUAGACAAUUGAAGAGCCCGUCGGGUAAUCAACAAGACGUUUUGGCCUCUGUUUUCAGUUCUACUUCUCAAAUUCCGUCACCAAAAUCUCGGAACUGCAAGCAACAAACACCGACUCAACAACCUCAACCAAGUCCAACUCAAAUUCAUAAGUAUCAGCAAUAUCAGGGCGUCACUCAGUCUGCUCUGGUAAGCAGCUACAGUAACUAUGUAUUACAACAGAAUGUACGUGGAAUGGGCAUGCCUCCACCACGUCCGGGAAUCCAACCGUCCCAACAACGUUAUCCAGCACCAAUACAACGGCCAGCUCCUUUUCCUCCUGGCCCAAACCCCAACCCAGGUCAACAACAACCAAACUGUAUGCCCACCCAGCAGCAACAACAGGCGCAAAUGAAUCGUCAUAGACCAAACAUUCACCAGCAACAACAGCAGCAACAACAACAGCAACAGCAACAACAACGUAACAUGAAAAUGUCGCAACAAUACUACAGCAGUCAAGGCAAUGUGAAAAUGGACUCUAAUGACAAACAAGAUUCGCACAAUGAGAAAAUGUCGGAGAGCAGUAAUGUCACUCAACCUGGCAACAAGGCCAACGUGAAUCAGCAAGAUGGUGAGAAUAAAGAGGAAGUUAAUCAACAAAAUGAGUAGAUAAAUGAACUUAGUUCUUUUUCUAAUUAAUCUAAACUGUGAACUGUAUUUUUUAAGAUUAGCUUGAUCAGAAUGAAAGUUGAACUUGAAUAUAAAGAUGAAAUUAUGGAUUCAUAUAGUCUUGGAUGUGACAGACAAAAAAGAAAAACAAGUAAAAUGAACCAAAACGGAACAAUUUACAGCUCUGAAAUAGACACGUGAUGACUUGAUUUUACGCGUGAAAAGUUUUUUUUUUUACGUGAUUCUAGGUUCAUGAUUGAGAGAAAAAAUGUCUCGGACUUUAAUUUCGAGAUUAGUUUGAACUCGCUGUUAAUGAAAUCCUAAAGUUUUCACGCAAAAUCAUAUUAACAACAGUUGUUCAUCAUGUUGUUCCUAUAUCGCUGACUUUUCGUAAAUUUUGUAUUUCAUAUAUACCAUAAUGAUACAUAGAUUCCACAUAUUCAAGAAAGUCGACACAUAUACAUAUUGAUAAGAUUGUAUUAAAACUCGAUAUUGAAAAAAAAGACAAAACUGCUAUGAAUUGACGAUAUUCGGCUAUGUUAAGGGGCACGACAUUGUGUAAAGUGUUUUCGUGGACGAAUUCAUAAUUCAAUUACGGAAAAUGAAUGCAUUUAAUGUUAAAUAACAUAAUAAGAGACGUUUUUUGUGUACGAGGUAUUCCGACUGAACUAUGCUGUUGUAAUAUUUCCAUACUAUACAUAUGGAAUGAACAUUUGAUUAAUCAAAUCUUGCAGAAAUAAUGGCGAAAUAAUGAAGCCUCUGCUGUACAUACAUUGAUUGUGGAUACGAAAUGUGGCGUAUAAAUCGAAACAGGUAGUUACAGUCUGUUUUAUUACGUACCUAAUAUGGUAGUGAAAAACAAUUGUUUGUGAAGUCACACAAAGUUGUGUAAUUUGCUUGCCCUGUGGAACUCGCAUAUGCAAUGAUUAUGAUUGAUUAUUAUUCAUGUAACACAUUACGGAAACAGUCACACAGGGCUAUGAUGAGAAUAUUAUGAAUGAAACGAAUAUUAACACUAUCAUAGAAAUCAGUGCAACUUCUCAGGGGAAAGAAGUGAAAAGUUUGUACGCAUUGAUCGUUGAAAAAUAACAUAAGAUAUUGUUUGUGAGCUGGUCAUCCCUUGUCUGCAUAAGUUAACGUAGAUAUAAGGGGUUAUUUCACUCGUGUUGAAUCCUCUGACCUUUCCCCGCCUCUCCUUCCCCCUCUUCUCCAUUGGAUUAUACACACAAUUUCCUGCUGUAUUACAAGAAAUGAAAAGAAUGAAAAAAGAACACGAAUCGUGGAUAAAUUGUAUAUGCUAUGCUUUUUGUUGCAGUUCGUUAAUUAUUAUAAAAAUAAAUCUAUUAAAAUAAUAAACGCUAGUAAUUACAGAAUGUCUCCGUCGUUGCAAAUUUAUUGAAAUAACAUCAUUCAAUGUCUUGUAUCGAACUGCGAGACAAUACAAGAUUUGAUAUGGGUUGUUUAACAAAUUGAUGAACAUAUAUGAAAAAAAGAAAAAGAAAAAAAAUAUUUAACUACUGCCAGUUGUGUCGAUAACAACCAGAACUUUUUUGUGUACUUCAUAAUUGUGAAAACUCAGCUAAUAUAGUUUGAUGUGUCGAGUAAUUACCUAUUAAAAUAUUAUAAUGUAAUUACUUAUUAUUAGCCUUGAUAUGUCUUUCUAUAACUUGAUGAUUCUCAAAAUAUGAUGAAUUACAAAGGGAACACGCUGUGUUGAGUGUGUCUUACUGUGCCCACUGCACAAAAUAUAAUCGGCGUGUUUCAACAUGAUACGGAAUGAUGAUAUUUUAGCGAAAAUGUUGUUGGCGUUGAUUGAAGCUAGUAAAGGUCAUUUCUCACACUAUUUUAUUAUUUUUAGUUACUACAAUAAUUACUAUUAUCAUCGUGAUGAUCAUUAUUAUUUUCUUAAAUUUAUUGUACUACUGCACGUAUGCACUCAGCAGAUGAGGAAUAUUGGGAACAGUGAAAGAUAAAUCUUUUGUGGUGGUCAACUUCAUCAGCGAUUUAUUACAGAUAUCUAAAACAUCUGUUAAAUCACAUUUUAUGCUUACAUGUGAGGUGGUACUACUUGAAUCGUGUCUCUGAGGCGCUAAGGGAUUGGUGUAGGGGUCUGUGAUUAUAUGACAUAUAUGUUGUAUAUGGUAUAUGGUUACAUUACAAGUUUCGGGAGAAUACCAACGUUAUUUCUUUAUGAUUUGAUAACGACUCGCUACGAAAUAAAUUGUAUACCAGUGAAGGGAAUAAUCUUUGGUCAAAACUGCACUCGAUAAUUCAUAGUCAGAAGCCUGUGCGCAGUGAGUUGUAGUAUUAUGUUCGAUGUCGAUGGUUUGAUAGAACAAAUAAAUAUAGUAUGAAAAGAAGAAAAAUUUAUGAAAGUAGAUAAAUCGAAAAACGAUGUUAUAUUAUUGACUGACAAUACGCGACCUGUAGAUAUUGUUUUAUUUCAAAGACUGAACGUACGUGUAACUUUGAUGUGUGUCUCUUGGAAAUUAUGAAAGUGUUGGUUAUGUGGGAUCUCACGAUUUUUAGUGGUAUAAAAAGGAAAAACGAAAUAGUAUUUGAGUAAGAGGAAAACAUAUUUUUAUUCUCAACAGACUCCCAAUCUUUCCCUAAGCGUCUGUACUUUUAUCUACUUGUAGUUAGUGACAUGACAACAGUAAUUUAUAUAUUUACCCACUUAAUGAUAAUAAAGUAACUGAAAGCAAAACACUAUUAUUAAUUUGUAGAUUGUAAUAACGAAGAAAUUGUACAUGAACGUCGUUGCUAACGAUACUUUAGGUGAAAAUAAAGCAAGCCUCCAAACAGAAACCGCUAAAUGCAUGUAUGAAUAUUUUACUACAUACGUAUAAUAAGUGAAUGUGAACACGCUGUAAACUUUAUGUUUCUUGAUAUAUGGGAUGAAAAAUGAGUCUGAAUCUCUGUAAAAUUAAUUUUCGAAACAAAACACAUUAAAAAAAAAUAUUUAUCCCAUUUCGGUACAGUUGUAUAACAAUUGUGCAUUGAAAGAAUACAAUUUGGUAGUUAUUUUCCUUUACUCUAAAGCUAAAGUGUGUUCAGUAAAUAAUACGUCUCUUCACAUAUCUACAUUUACAGUGGGUUAUAAUUUGUGAUUUAUAGUUUUUGAAAAUCAUUGCAAUUUGUUAAAUCACGUUUAUUUUUUUGCAAUGUUAUAGUAGCAAACAUAAAGAUCGCUUUUUUACUCUACAUUUACAACCUACGUCAAUUCUGCACCAUUAUUCGAAUAUAUGCUGAAAGAAACAGGUGCAAUAACAACGUGCCGCUACUCUGUACACAAUUCAUUAAGUUUGUAAUAAUAGUGAUAGUCCAUUCUUUCUAUAUUCGAUUAUCUAUACGAAAAAAUGUAGAUUAAUAUCGUAAAAUAUCCUAAUUAAUAAGAAACGAUAGUUACGACUUACGAAUAAUAGAGUAAAACUAUCGUAAUAAAAAGCAUUCGCAUUAUUACACAGUGCGCCGUAAUGUUUCCCAGGAUACGAACGAUGUGUAGGAAUAUAUCGAGAUGCUUCAAAAUUUGAACAGACGGAAAGGUCUCAAUGAUUCGUAGUUUUUUUUUUGAUCUUCCCAUCUUCAUAUUCUAAAGUCUACAUGAAACCUGAGCGAUUAUAAGGGUGUGAGAAUUAUAUUUUGUGUCCAUGAGAUUAGGUGGGAAGUACCCUUAUAAAAUUCACAAUCAACAUUUAAAAUCUCGAAAUCCAUUUCGAUAACAUUUCGCAUUU